AUGUCAUCAGGCCACAAAGGAAAAUCCGUGGCGUACUCGCAUCACUUAGCUGAAAGUUCAUCAAGGAAUUUUUGUGCAGAAGAAGCUAAUUACAGCAUUAAGGAGCUUGUGCAUGCUGAACAAGUUAAACUACUUGAUAAGAGGUUGAGAGUUCUUGAAGAUGAAGCAGAGAUUCUCAAGGUAGUUUUCUUGGAAGGUGUGGAAGAAAGAAGAAAGUUGGUAAAUGAAGUUCAAAACGAAUUUCAGGCUGCCUGCGGAUACCCAAAGCGGCAACGACAUGGACUCCUGCAAAUUCUACGUGAAGAAUCAAAUCCAGCAGUUGUCAUCAGAAAACUGAAAGCUUCAGGUGCUACUGAAUGUGUAUCUGAAUUCUCAGGUAGAUGGUUCCGCCUGUUUGUGAAGAUUUGAUGGCCUGGAAGCUGCAUUUUCUCCUCAUGUGUGGUGCUGAUUUCUUUUUAUUCAGAUACCAAACAUGUGAAAAUAUUAUUUUCGCUUCUUAGGUGGCGGUGAUAUUUGAAACUCAAGACUUUUUGUAUGAUCUGUUGCCAUGUUGAACUGUGUGACUGUCUCGUCUAAAAAGUUUUAACUAUUAGAGAUAUCACACUUUAAUUUAUC